GGAGUGUGAGGAGAGCAGCCACAGACAGUGGCUGGGAUCAGGCUGUUCCCUUAAACAGCGUUUCUUAUUGCUGUUGUCCAGACGGAAUGUGGCCUGGUGUGUCGAGGAGCUGUGGGCUCAAACCAAUAAGGCAUUUCUUAUGUUCUGAUCUUCCUGCCUCCCCUGAUUUGCUGCAGAGGCAUGUGUGUAAAACAGAGUAGUUUUGUCCCAGCUGCAAGGGCUGAUGAUUCUCUAUCACCCCCCAGCUCCCUGAGCAAGCACUGAGGGAAGGGGUCUUGUUAAAACUUGGUCUAGUCCUCAAAGUACAGCAGGGUCCUGUCAUCACAGAGGUGCUGAUGUGCUUUGAAAUGAGCUUGGGGAAGUGCGUGCUGCAGGUAAGCAACCUGGCAAACUGGGUUUGUAGACUAAGGGGCUCAAGCUUGCUGCAGGGCACCACAGGGCUGCUUUUGUGCCCUAGUUCUGAGGUAUUUCUGGCUGUUAAGAUGACUAGAGAAAGAGAAAGCGAAGUGUGGGCUGGGAGAGAGGAAGGGCUUUGAAAGCGUGUGUAUGCUGCUGCAUGGCUUUAAAUAAGGCACUUUGUCAUCUCAGCCUUGUCUCUACCAUAUAUUAUGAAAGAGCAGUAGGUUUAUUUUAACUAGAAAUGUGCAGACUUUAGCAGAACCCCUAUGAACUCUGUGCAAAAUACAGGGCAAACAGGGAAUUACGGUGGGAUUCAAACAUAACUGGUGCUUGCUUAUUUACUUUCAGUCUGAACCAGUGAUGUGUUAGACUUAGUGCUCCCUUCUGCAGGAGCAGUGUGUGAUGUUUUAGUCCCUUUUCAACAUAAUUGCAUCUGUUAGACAAGGAUACGCAUGAGUAGCUGUUGAGCCUUGGGAGUUGUAUGUGUAGUGGAAGUGAGCAGGAGGCUUUGUUGACCCAAGGCAUCCCUUCAUAACCACAUUAUUGCCUGCUGGAGACUCCUGCAGAACAAAAGGGACCGGUUGGGAAGCCAAGAUGAUCUCCUUCAAGCAAGCAUCCCUUGAAGCAAAGGCUGCAGUGGCUGCAGGAGUGGUUUUCCUCUCCAUGAUGCUGUCGCGGAGUUACCUGUCAGAGAAGCUUGACCUCAGGAUGCGGCGCUGGCUCCUGAGGCUGCAGAUGGCACUGUUUGCUAAUGCACUCAUGUUGAUAGGAUCUCUUCACGUGUGGAGAAGUGUAGUUACCACCUUCUCCAGGGCUUCGUUUGCCAGCUCGUUCUGUUUCAUGCCCUGGAAAAUAGCUGUGUUCAUGUUUCUGGCUCUGGCUCAUUCAAGCUUCUUCACGAUGCUGUUUCUUGUUGCAGAAGAGCCCUAUUUAUUUUCUUUAGCUGCCUACACUUGCCUGGGGGCCUAUAUUAUUCUGAUGUUCUUCCUUUUCACUCUAGGCUCUGUAGAGCAGGCUUACAAGUUGUUAACUGGGAAGGGCACUAAGGCAGGCCCUGGCCACAAGAACAGACCAGCAAUGAAACCAGUCUUGGCAGUGCUGCUGACUCUUGUGCUGACUCUUGUGGGGCUGUUAAAUGCCUCCCAGCCUCCUGCUGUGAAUUCGGUGGAGGUUCCAGUUCACAAGCUGUCCUCAACAAUGAAUAACCUGAAAGUGGUGUUGCUUUCAGAUAUCCAUCUGGGGCCUACAGUUGGGAAGACCAAGCUCGCCAUGAUUGUGAGGAUGGUUAAGGCUUUAAAACCAGAUAUCACUGUGAUUGUUGGGGACCUGACUGACUCUGAGGCAGAGAUCCUCCGACCUGCUGUUGAGCCUCUUGGAGAACUUGCCUCUCCUCUGGGGACUUACUUUGUGACAGGAAACCAUGAGUACUACACAUCAGAUGUUAGCAACUGGUUUGAGCUGUUAAAAUCAUUUAACAUUCGACCGCUGCAUAAUGAGAAUGUGAAGAUUGUUUCACCACGGAGCACUGAGGACUGGUUCUGUCUGGCUGGCGUUGAUGAUAUUGAAGCAGAUGCCUUGCACUACUCGGGACAUGGCAUGGAUUUAAAGCAAGCCCUGGAAGGCUGUAGCAGUGAGCAUGCAAUAGUGCUGUUAGCUCAUCAGCCUGUUGCUGCCAAGUGGGCCCUUCGGGAGAGACCAGACAUCAACUUAAUUCUCUCUGGCCAUACUCAUGGAGGGCAGAUUUUCCCGCUAAAUGCUGGAGCUUAUUUGCUGAAUCCAUUCUUUGUUGGCUUAUAUAAAGUUGGGCAGAACACCUUUGUGUAUGUCAGCCCGGGGACGAUGUACUUUGGAAUACCCAUGAGGCUGGGCAGCAGAGCUGAAAUAACAGAGAUAAUUCUCCGUUCUCCUUGAGGAGUUUUCCAUUUGACAGACUUGGACCAUCCUUUUUGGUCAGUAUCUUGGCUCUUUUGCUCUGGAAGCCCACCCUGUUUCAGGGAAGCUGCAGAAGAUACGUUGGGGUGGACUUCAGCAGGUUCUGUUAAGUGUGAGCAGAAAACACCAAAUGUAUGUUGAGCCUACAAAACAAAUGGGGGCAUUUUAAAAUACUGAGGAAAUUAAUUUUUGUCUUUAUUAUUAUUAUUGAGGUUCUGCAUUUAAAGAUAGCACUGAU